UGGAGUGCCAAGUGUCAAAGUAAAAAUCAAAAUACACAACAUAACAUAACCUCGCAAUCAUACUAAAAAACUAAUGAAUACCGCUGUGUUUUGUUUAUAUAUAUAAUUACUUUCUAUUAUGGCGUUAUGGACAUGGGGUGCUAACUCACAUGGACAAUUAGGUGUGGGUAUUGCAAAUGAACAAAUAGAGAAACCAACAAAAGUUGAAGUACAUUUGUAUCACUGUAAAAUAAACCAAAUAGCUUGUGGAGGUGGUCAUACACUCCUUUUAGACAAUGAGGGCAAACUCUAUGCUUGUGGAUGGAAUUCAAAACUACAACUAGCGAGAGAAACUGAAGUACAUAAGUUAGAACGAACAUGGCCGUUAAGUGGUGUUACUUUUACAAACAUAGUUUGCGGCUGGGACUUCAGCUGUGGAGUAACAGAUGACCAUUUCUUAAUUGUUUGGGGUUCCAAUUCAUAUGGCCAACUAGGUGUACCAACAACUCCUAAAGAAUACUUUUCAGAGAUCAUGAAACCUAUUAGACUUCCAAUUAAUGCUGUUCUAGUCUCUAUGGGCCUAAGACAUACAGCCAUAGUAAACUCUAAAGGCGAAGUGUGGACUACAGGAUGUGGCAGGCAUGGACAACUUGGAUUAGGGACCAGUGUAUUGUCUUCUGACAGGUUCCAAAAAGUAGAGGGUGUUGGUAAAAUUUCUCACAUAGCCUGUGGGCAAAAUCAUACUGUAGCUUGGUGUUCAGAGGAGAGAGCCUUAUAUGUAUGGGGAGACAAUAAACAUGGCCAGCUCUUACUAUGUUCUGAAAAAUAUAAAAAGAUAUAUACACCAAACAAAAUUGAUAUUGAUGUAAAACAAAAAGUGAAAAAGUUAUUAAGUGGAUGGACUAAUGUAUUAUUAUGGCUGGAAGAUGGUAGUCUUUUAGCAUGGGGCAGAAAUAACAAUGGACAACUGGGCACAGAUAAAGCUGUCCCACCAGGAACAUUCACACAUAUCAAGCUUCCAGAGGGUAGAGAAGUACAAGAUGUUGCAGUAGGUUCUGAGCACACUAUUUGUUUAGCAACGGACAAUACUCUCUGGGCUUGGGGCUGGAAUGAACAUUUCAACACAGCCAUUGAUUUAGGACACCAAAUAGUAAAACCAACUUUAGUGCCUUUAGAAAUAGAUAAGAAUCAAAAAAUUACACAAAUCUAUGCUGGUGGAGCUCAAAAUUUCGUUGUGAUUGAAGAAUAAGUAAAAACUAUAAUUUUAUUAUCUGUGAUAGGCCAUAGGCACACCCAACAGUGAAAUCAUUGUGUAAUCAUAAAUGACUCAUACUAGUCCAUAUUGCGAGUUGCAAAUGCCUUAGAAAUACAAUAAUAAUUUGCAUGCGCAUUUGUAAUUGUUUUUUAUAUGCAAAGGGUAUUUAUGUUUAUUAAGAACAAUGUAAAGAUAUUUGAAAAACUUAUAAUUAAGAAAAUGUAUUGUAGUUUUAAGUAUUUACAUCAGUUGUCUAGUGAUUACUUAGUUUUUUUAUUGAAUUAUUGAAGCCCUGCCACUCUUGUAUACAAAUAUUAUUGUUUUACAUGAUUCAUCUAGAAUUGUUAGCCGAUAAGCAUUAUAAUGAUGAUGAUGCAAGCAUGCAGAUGCUUAAUAAAGUCCACAAGGAACUAUUAUUUACCCUUGUGCUUUUAUCUAAUCAAUAAAGGUAUACAAUCUGUUGAUUAUCUUCAAGAUUUAAUUUCUCGUUUAAUUUCAUCCUAUUUACAGUAUAUUAUAUGGUUUUAUAAAUAAAACAAUACAUCAUUUGCA